AGCACUACCUUUUUUUUUACUAUACUACGUUACUACAUACAGGCAAUAAUAAAAGCUGUGUGGAAGACAGCACCCGUCCUUCUUAGGUGGGAUUUUCAUUUCACGGGCCUCUCUCUCAAGCAUCGUCGUCUUCUCUGGUUCACUGAUUCGAUUGGCUUCUGCAAUUUUUCCUCGAUAAUUUAUUAAGACUUAUCAGUAACCAUGGAUGCUGAUUCUUGGGCCGCUCGUCUAUCCUCUACUUCCAGGCGCUAUCAAUCUGCUUCCCAGUCUCGAUCUGGGAUGAGAUGGGAUGGUAUCGAUUCGGAAAUGUUGAUAGGUUUCGAGGAAACCGACAUAGUGGAAGAUGAUGUCAGAGAGGAGUUUCCUUGCCCCUUUUGUUCUGAAUACUACGACGUUGUUGGAUUGUGCUGCCAUGUUGAUGAUGAGCACCCUGUUGAAGCCAAGAAUGGGGUAUGUCCAGUUUGUGCAACAAGGGUGGGGGUUGAUAUGGUUGCACACGUUGUAUUGCAACACGGGAACAUCUUCAAGGUGCAGCAGAAGAGAAAAUCACGUAAAAGCAGUUCUCAAUCAACACUUUCACUAUUAAGAAAGAAACUGCGAGAAGGAAAUUUCCAGUCUCUGAUAGCGGGAGGAGGGGGAGGGUCUUCUUCCUUUAUAGCUCCUUCAAGUAGUGCCGCUGCACCUGACCCAUUGACAUCAUUUAUUCUGCCAAUGGCGGAUGACUUUGGGAAUGGUCAGUUACACUCUUCUGCUGCAGCCAUCUCUGCUAGGAAGAGCACAUCAGAGAAGGUUCUGGAACGAAAACAACCACCUCUAUCAGUCAAGGACAAAGAGGAGAGGACGAAGAGGAGCCAGUUUGUUCAAGGACUGCUGUUGUCCACCAUUCUUCCUGAUAACUUAUUUGACAACUGAGCGGGUUCAUUUCCCUGUGUAUGAAAAUCCAAACAACCUCGGAAUAAGAUGUAUCGCUCUUCGCAUAUGAUGUUUUCCUCUCUGUAUUGUAGAGUAGUGGUUAGGGUGCCCACUUGUGUAUGUGUAUUUCUUUCUAAUAUAAGUUGAAUGCUUUGACAAUACAGAAUAAGCUCUGUUAUUGCCUUAUCGCCGUUAUCGGGUUCGGAUUCAACGGUAGACCUGCACUGCCCAUGGUGUAGAUGAGAUCUGAAGUAACUUUGUUCACAUUUACCUAGGUAAUGCAUGAGCUUUUAGCGUAUUUCAUAAUAAAAAAAAUAAAAUGCGUUUUCUUUGGAAGUU